GGGCCGAACCGGGACCCGAGCGGGGCCGAACCGGGACCGAAAGGAGCCGAACGGAGAUCCAGCGGAGCCGAGCGGGGCCGAACCGGGACUCAUUGGAGCCGAACGGGACCCAACGAGACCGAACAGGGACGCGGCGGUGCCGAAGUGGGGCCGAGCGGUGCCGGACGGGACCGAACCGGGCGGAGCCGAAGCGGUUCGGGGCGGCUCGGAACAGUUCGGCGCCGCUCGGCCUCGGUUCGGCCCGGCCCGGAGCGGGUCCCGGGCCGGUCCCGGCGAUGCGGCCGCUCCCGGUGCCGCUGCUGCUGCUGCUGCUGAGCCCGGUGCCGGGGCGGCCCGGGGGGUGUCCCCCGUGUCCCCCCGAUGUCCCCGAGCCCUGCGACAGCCGCUGCCCGCCCUGUGCCCGCGCGCGGAGCCCCGCGGAGGAGGAGCCCGAGGAACCGUGCCCGCCCUGCCCGCCCUGCGCCCACGAGGCCGAGGGGACCCCGCCAGCGCCGGGGGAGCCCCGGGUGACACCACCAGUGCCACCCCCGGAGCCCCCCGGGGACAUCAUCCCCCUGUACUGCGCCCUCCUGGCCGCGCUCGUCGUGGGGCUGCUGGCCUACGUGGCCUUCAAGUGCUGGGACACCUGCAGGAAGAAGCGGCAGCUGGACAAAGCGCGGGACGCGGGGGACGCGGAGAAGCUGCGGGGGGACAGCGGCGGCCUGGAGGGGAGCCAGGCCCCGCCCCCCGAGGCCCCCGCGCUGUCCCCGCGGCGCCAGGAGGAGCCGGGAGAGCUGGAGCGGCUCCUGGAGCGCGGCCCGGGGACACCGGGGACAGCGGGGGACGCCACCUCCGCCGUGUGACACCCGUGGGGACAGCGGGGGAUGCCACCUGUGCCGUGUGACACCCUGGAGCCGCGCCGGUGGCUGCUCCCACUUCCCGCUGGAUUCCUGGGGAUUUUUUAUGUGACUUUUGUACUUUUUUAGGGAUUCUAGGGGGUGGGACGGGGACCUUUGGUGGGGACAUUAAACUGUCACUGGGUGCCACCAGGGUUUGUGUCCUCGGGUGUCUGUGUGUCCCCACAGGUGUCCCCAGUGUCACCGGGUGCCUGUUUGUCCCCAGAAUGCUCCCUUGGGUGUCCCCGGGAUGUGUCCCUCCAGGUGUCCCAGUGUCCCCAGGUAUCCCUGUGCCUCUGGUGUCCCCAGGUGUCCGUUUGUCCCUGGAAUGUCCCCUCGGGUGUCCCAAGUGUCCCCAGCUGUCCAUGAGUCCCCUCGGGUGUCUGUCUGUCACCCUCAGAGGUUUGUGUGUCCCUAGGACGUAUCCCAAGUGUCCCUUUGUCCCCAGGAUGUGUCCUUGGGUGUCCCUGCACCCCUGGGACGUGGCGGGCUGGGUGUCCCCAGGUGUCCCCUGUUUCCCCAGGGGUGUGUGACCCCUCGGGUGUCCCUGUGUCCUUGGGCACCCACGUGUCCCCACGUGUCCCCAGGAGUGUCCGUGUGUCCCACACCCAUCCCAGCAGGGGACACCUUAAAGCCCCCAAGGCAGGAGGCGUCAGGGACAGAAAAAGCCAUUUUUAACCCCAAAAUGCUCCCAGGUCACCCCAAACUUCCCAGGGAGUUCAGAUUCCUGGGAAUGCUGAGGGUGCAGGAGGUCCCCAAGGGAGAGGGGACAUCCCAAGCCAGGUCCCCUUUUGGCCCCACCCAGCGUUGGUUUUGGGGUUUGGGGUUGGUUUUGUUUUUGUGGUUUUUUUCUUUUGAUUUUUUAUUUUUUUCUCUUUUUUUGCCCCUUUUUUUUUCUUUUUUUUUUUUUUUUUUUACAUAAAAAGUUCCGUAAAAAUUGGAUAAAGUAAAAUGCUCGAAGCAGUAAAAUCAAUCUUAUCAACAUGGCCAGAAAUCCGCAGUAUUUACAGGGAAUAAACGGAGGAAACCUCGCAGAACCGAAAAGAAAAACCAAGGAAACAACCAAAAAAAAAAAUAAAAACAAACCAAAAAAAAAA